CAACCCUUUGCCGUCAUCCUUGCAGCGUACUCUUAACAUCAGUGAAGUGGACGAACGAAAGCGCGCUACUUUGCCCUGAAAUGAAGUGGACGGUGUGCAUCGUCGCGCUGUGUGUCGUGCUUUGUGCUAGUGCCGUUGAUGGUGGCAUUCUUCGCUGGUGGAACCGCUGGUUGCACUUCCAUCGGAAUCCACACAACAGCUCCAGUAUCAUCUUCGAAGAUUGUGGCACUAAGUACGAUGUAAUUUCUAUCAACUUAUCGAGCUGUUCUUCAGCUCCUUGUUCAAUGAAACGGGGCACCAACGUAACCGUGAAGGCGGAAUUCACCUCCAAUGGUGCAUCGACGGAUAGUGUCCUCAAGCAUGAAGCGCACUUCAUACUCAACAGCGUGAGGACGAAGGCCGUCAUAACCCCGACUACUUGCGAGGGCAGCGUGUGCCCUCUGCAAGGUGCCCACGGACUUCUGUUCUCGGCAGAUAUCUACGUCAAUGCGAGUCUUCCACCGAUUAACGGAAAGCUCCGAUGGGAGCUGAGAAAUAACUGGGGUGAUACGCUGCUCUGUUAUCAACUUCCCGUUUGCAUUGUAUGAGUUGCAGUGCUCACAUGGAGAUGGCGUGGCAAACGUCUCAAGUAUGAACCGUUGCGUUUCAAAUGUGCAUCAGUGAGAUUGCAAAUUGAUCGAGAUUGUAAUGUUUUUCAAUACUAAUACAACACUUUUCCUAUGGAACCUUAGUUUUAUUUUCUGUUUUGUUGUUUGCUUAACGUAA